AUGUGGCAGGCUGCCCCCAACUGCGUGGUCAAAGUAACAUCCACAGGAUAUGACAGGAAUUAUGAUGGAUAUCGAAAGCACUGCAAGUUGAAGAGUAAAAUCACUUUUCUACCUGAGAGUUCUGUUCUGUACAAAACUCAGUAUAGGGCUUGGCUUGCGAGCUCCGCUGAGGAGCGGGAGGUUGGGUCUCAGUUACAACGGCCUCGGCUCCUGGUCCCUGCUUUCAGCGGCAUGGCCUGCGGGGCGACAUUGCAGCGGCCCAUGCAGUUCGAGGCGGCGCUGCUGAGCCCUGGCUCUCCGAAGCGGCGGCGCUGCGCCCCUCUCUCUGGCCCCACUCCGGGCCUCAGGCCCCCGGACGCCGAACCGCCGCCGCUGCUUCAGACGCAGACCCCACGGCCGACUCUGCAGCAGCCCGCCCCGCCCGCGCCUUCCAACUCCGGAGCAAAUUUUUCAGAAUAUAAAACAAGAAUAUAG